AUGGAAAGGAGUGAUUGGAGUACAAGCAAGAUGGGCAAUUGGGAGUUUAACAGGUUGGACUUGGUGGAGUUGGAGGGUGAGCAGUACUCAUGUUGUAAGUCACCAUGGCCCGCAAAAUAUUAUACUUGUACCUUUUGCAAGAGAGAAUUCAGGUCAGCUCAAGCCCUUGGAGGUCAUAUGAAUGUUCAUAGGAAGGAUAGAGCCAGGUUGAGAUUGUUUUCUUCAUGGGUUUUAGAAUCCCAGAACCCUAAUAAACCCAGCUCAAACCCUAAUUACCCUAACCCUAACCCUAUUAAUUCUUCUUCUCCAUCUGAUGACUUCUCUGUCUAUCCCCAUCAUUCCUUGCUUUCUCCACUCUUCCCCACUCCUUCGUCUUCAGUUCUAACCUAUGGGGAAAACCCAAAAAAGCCUCUGAACCCUCAACUUGGAGAUUUGUCACAGGAGAAUACCAUGACACCCUUCCCAGCUGGGGUUGAAAAUUUGAAGGUGCAUGCACCAAAUUAUAAGCUUGAGGUCGGUGGGGUUACUGGUUUAGACUUGGCUACAGGGUUCGGAGAUACAAAGGAGGUUUUAGAUCUAGAUCUUCGACUGGGGCAUCUUUAA